AGAGAGAGAGACUGAUAACGGUUGGGCGAUGGUUUAGGGGCUGGCAUAUUUCCUUCUACUGGGGGAUGGGAAUUCUGGGAGUGGCUUCACAGUAACCUCAUACCUCAUAUAUUGUACGUCUCAACCGGCAUUUAGAAAAUUUCAGCCUUUAAUCUGAACGCAGUGCACCGAAGGCUUACAUCUAUUCAGCAUCUAUCAAUUUGACCUCUGUAUCCUUCACGGGUAACGACAACGACGUAGAGCUCCAAGGAUGAAGAUUGAAAAUAGCCUCCCCUGCUCUCAGCUCCCCGAGGCCCCUCCUCAGACCGGCCUGCAGUUUACAGUGGCAACAGAGGAAGACUUUGGUGACAUCAUGGCCAUGAGCAAGGAUAUUUACGGUGGCCUGGACUAUCUGCCCUCCCGCUACCAAGCCUGGCUGCAAGAGAGCAACCGCAUCGUCAUUUUGGCUCGCAAGCAAGGCAAAGUGAUUGCGCUGGAGUCAGCAUGUGUUAUUGAUGAUGGGGAGACCAUGCUGGUGGAAGGGCUCCGUGUUGCCCCGCAGGAGAGGGGAAAGGGUGUUGCUGGGGUACUUCUGCGGUUUUGCUCUCAGCUGGUGAAAUCAAAGUACCCUGACGUUAAAGUCAGCAGAUUGACCAGAGAUGACCAACUGGGGCCAAAAGACUUCCAGAAGUACAGACUCAUCACCAAACAGGGAAUCCUCCUGGUGCGCUUCCGUGCCGAAGACCUAAAAUUGCGCCUGGCUGAUCUCGGGCCUUAUAUCAGUAUUGCGGGGCAGGGUCUGCCCCCCACAAACAUCCCGGUCCGUCUGGAGCCUGCAAAAGUGCAUCAGCUCUUCUUGAGUGAUGUUCUAAUGCAGGACGUCCUUCCUAAUGCCACCAUCGUUCAAGAUUGGCAGCCCUUCAAGCCUGUUCCGAGCAACAUGGCCAUCCUGAUGAAGAAGGACAUUGAUUGGAUGGUCGACGAUGCCAUGCGCCCAACCAUGGCCAGCCUGUGCACCUUCCCGUUCCCUGUGCCGAUUGGUGAUGACUGGUACUACCUAAACAUCGACAUGUUUGGCAAAGACCUAGAGCUGGCCGUACAACAGCUGCUGUGCCACCUGAGGUGCCACACAGGCGCUUUGAAGGGUUACGUUAUGUGUCAGGUCUUCCUGGAGCCUGCGCUGUGGAAGCCUAUGGCCGAUUUCUUUAGGGAGACCCUUAAAGUGGAGCUGGUGAAAGAAUACACAGAGCAGUGCGUUGUGGAGUCAGAUGUUAUUUAGGGAAAGGAUAACAGCAAAGGGUUAGGAGCCUCAGAAACACCUUCCCUAAAAUUAAACACCAAGCUGACAGAAAAUACUUUAACAUCUCCUUCAAAGACGUAACUGACAAAAAAUCUCGAACAUCCUUCAAAAUAAACCAAACAAGAAGAUAAUUUAAUUUUAAUUUGCUCUAUUAACGAAUUUUGUAGAAUUUUGUUUAAUUUAACGUAACAAUUAAUCUAAAUAACAAAGUGAAAACAAACAAACACUAAAAUAGAGGUUUUUCCAUUCGCAGUACUGUAAACACUGACCGGGUACAAUCAGGGACAUUGUCCUGGGCUCUGUCAGAGAGGGGAGCAAUAACAUUAAAUACAAAACGAGGACCCAUAUUGUCCCAGUCCCCACCAUUUCUGUUAGCAUCACUGGCACGAACGCCUAUUAUGCUAAGAUGCAAAGAAAACUGCACAAUCUUUAGGGCACUUUAUGAUCAAAGAAUUGGAUUUAACUUGAGUGUCUGUUACGUUUUAUUAAAUGUAGCACUGUAGCUGCUGAUAUUUAGAGGAAUCUAUUUUAAUUGGAGACUUCAUGACUGGCUGCCAGCUAUCCAGAUCUUUAAAUACUUUUAAAGAACUUCUUUGAAAUGACUAGAUCUCCACAGGGGGAAGUAAUCUUUGCUGAUAAUUUUUCUGAUAUGCUUCUCAAAAUAGCAGAAACUCGUUGUCGUUAUUAAUAUUUCCUCUAAAAGUACUUUGUAGUGCUUUAAACUCAGCAUCUAAAUAUAUAUGUGUCAGACAAUUUAGCUUAUGUGUUUAGAUUACAGCUUUGUGAAGUACUUGAGUUUAUUUGCUAGAAGUUACAUUGUGUCGGUGUUUGUACCUAACUGCUGUGCAAAGUGCAAUUUGAAUUACACACUGGAAUAUUGCUAGUUGUUCAUUCAGUUAGUGACGAAAUAAUGAAACAAGACAUAUUUUUUCUUUUAUUUAUAUUUUAUUUCUAAAUUAUAAAAUGACUCCUUUGGUUUAAGUGAAAGGAUAACAUUUAAAAAAGAAACACACGUUUAAACCAAAAUGACAGGAAACAUAAUUAGGAACAUAUACAGUAUAUAUUUAAACACAUUGUAAAUGUUAUUCUAGAAAAUCAGCUACAGUAAUAAUAGUAAUAUAAAAUUUAUUUAUUUGAGACCUUAAGAAAUGCUUCAGUCUUCAUUGUAAAUACAUCAAAAUUCAUUAUCCUUCAAAACUGGUAGACAAGAUCUUGAGAAAAUGUUGGUUUCCAGUUUAUUUCACAACCAGAGGGAACCUAGCUGUCUUGAGCUCUAUUAGAGAGUCAAUCAUGAAAUCAGGAAUUUAAAGAAUUUAAAAGAAAAAAACAACAAAUAGGACAGGGAGAGUGAAGUAUAUUUCCUGUCUUACAGUUGACACUGACUAGCUACCCAAUGAAAAAGAAUGGAUGAUAUCACCAGUGCCCAGUGUCACGAUACUGAAGAUACAGGACACGCAUUUCCUUCUACUGGCCCAAAUAAGAAAGAAGAGAAACAAGGCGUUUGAAAGUCCUCUAGCCCACCUUUAUUUUCUUUUCCCAAACCCAGAUCAAGGUUUGCUUUAUCCCUGAUGUAACAGACACACGGCCCAUAUGAACAAACGCAACUUAAUAUAUGCACAGAGAUAUUUCGCUGUUCUCACAUAGUCCACGGCAAUGUUCAAACAGGUUUGAAAAAGCAUAAUCUGUGCCCACCAAACCAAGCAGGGUGUAAAAACCCUGAUUGUCUUUAUUCUUACUAAUUAUGUAUCUGCUUUUGCUUAGUUUUGCUCAUGAACUGUCAUCAUCCACUGAUGUAAUGGGGAUCCCGUCACCUUCCUUUGGACAGCUGCAUGUUGGACUUUUGUAACUUAUAAAUGACCAGCAGGCAGCCUUUUGUCAACCUGACUGAUUGAAAGUCAGGACCAAAAUAAUUGUGGCCCAUUCAUUUUACAGGCAUAACUGCUGAAUAUGUGUAUGUGUACACACACUGUAAUUUUAGGUGUAUAUAUAGAUAUUGUUUUUAUUUAUUUAUUUGGGGGGUUGUUUUAUUUGCUGUAAGCAACAGGGGACCUUUGUUCGUUUCAUGGCUAAAAUCUCGAAAUCUUUCAUGUCUGCUACAAGUUGUGCUUUUAGAGGAAACGUCAAAAUCCAAAUAUAUAAUUGACAAAAUAUAUGGUCAGAAAGCACAAGCAAGAUCAAAUUUUCUGUUUUUCAGCAACUUUCCAAAACCAUCAGAAUGUUCAGUCAGUGUGUAAUGGCCUACAAAGUGGAUUACAAAUUAUUAUGGAAUAAUUUGAGAAUAAUUCUACAAAUUAUUCAGCCCUUGAUUUUAAUUUUUCCCUCUUAAAAGCACACAUCAUGACAUGAUAGAAUAGAGGCUCAAAUGUAUGUGGUAUGCAGUUUUUGUUGUACAUUUAAAUGUGUCAGUUCAUCUUAGUGCUAGAAGAGCAGUUUUUAAGAUGUUAGUCUCUUUUUGUCACUGUUUUUUUUCUCAAUAUCAAUGUGAAUUUGGCAUUUCAAUGAUCACUGAAGAAUAUUUCCCUUUUUCAUUUUAAAUGUUAAACUCCACCUUGCUUUUAAGCACUUUUAACAUCUAAUUGCCUUUCUGGGUAUUUUGAAGUGUGCAGGAGGUCAUAACCCUAUAAAUUACAGAGGUUUCAAUGGCAGGGCCAUUAAAGGUUAGAAGCAUGUGACCGUCUUACGGUGAAGAGUUGAAAAGGAUACGUCGCCCCUUGUUACACUGGCACACAUAGCGUGAACUUUAAACCCAUUUUCUUAAAUUAUAAAGUGGCUUUUCACUUUCUUUUUAUGGAAUGGAAAAAUAAGACGGGUUGCAAAGGGAGAUGAGAGAUGGAGCCAGGGCUAUUCUGGGAAUAGGUGAUGAGGCGAGGACAUGUGAUCCGGCUCACGUUACCACCAUAAAAAUAAGUAAACAGUUUGUAUUGUAAAGAUGAACAAUGACAAGAUGAAUUCCAUUCAUCUACAAUGCCUUAUUUGUUGUUGCAAAAAGGGAAAUCUCGUUUAACUAGAAUCAAGUUCUUGUGUUUUAAUACGUUGGAGGAUAACAGACCAAAUAAGACCGAGCAGGAUAGCAUAAUAGUUUGUCACAUUCAGCACUAAAGUAACACAGUGAGUGUUAAGACUUAAGAAAGCUAAUAUACACAGAGUCUUGUUAUCCUGUAUGACUGUGUGCCAGCUCAACUUUCAGGGCUUGUCUCCCAAGUAAGGGAAACCGAGUACAGAGGGUAUCAACUUGCGUAGAACAAGGGUUCAGCCCCAGACACCCUUUACCUUCCAUCUGAUCCACUUCGGCUUGACACUAUAGAGGGUCACAUGGAAAGAGUGAGCAGGUGGGGUUAAAAUAAGAAUAGCCUGUUCAAGCCCUGUCAUACUAAUGUAUUUUGCCACAUUGCUGCUCAGUACCUAUUCCUGAUUGUGUAUUCUGUUUAUUUAACUAUAUUUAAUGUAUAUGUAUUUUUUUUUUCAAUUUACUGACUUCUUUGUAAUGUUUAUGAAGGGCUUUUUAUGUGUACUAGAAUCAUUGAAAACUCUUUAAUAUGGGGGCACCCUUAUUCAUGUAACUGUAACAACUAUUAAUUAUAACUUAAGAAAGUAUCAAUUAAUGUUUAUUAACAACUAAAAUAUGAUGAAUUGGACUGUUCUUCACCACGAUUUCAGUUCUUAUUAGUUUGAGAUUAGUCUUUGCGCCCCAUAUUAAAGUGUUACCAGAUUGGCUACAUAUGAUGUGUUUUGUGAAGGAAAAUUAAGGGAAAACCACCAGGGAGAUUUUCUGUUCCAAAUCACUAUUUGAACGUUACAAAAGUGAAAUCCGAACAGAAAGCCUUAUGUGGGUAAUAUCAGUUCAAUUGCUGAUUUGCACUUUCAGAGCUUCAACUCUGUGUCUCCUCUUGUUGUUUUCCAUAGGAAAAUAUUCUGUGUCUACACACAGACUUCGCGGCCGUGGCUAAAACGCACAGGUAUUUUCACCUGUAUGCACUAAUGCUAUUUAGUACAUUUUAUCUACAAAUGUUCUGCAGUAUUUAGAAGUCGAAUGCAACUGGAUCCCAAUGCGUAGUGUAUUUAAUGCCAUAACAUUUUAGAUCAAUUUGGAAUUGUCUAGCAUUUUAACAUUCGUCUAACUAUUCUGACAUGUUGCACUUUAUACUGUAGAUAUGUAGAUUAUUUAAAGCACAGUGGGAGAUCUUUGUAAAACAUUGUGUCAAUCAUGGUCAUUCAGAGGAUUGCUAUAUUUUUUGUAAUAGUUCCUAUAGGAGUGUCGGCCUAUCUGCAUAAUGUCGAGUUUAUAGAUAUUUUUAUUGGUGAGCUCCUUACUUGAUAUCUAAUUGUAAUGAAGAUUAUGUACCACUUAAUGACCGUGGUCUGAAUAACCCACACUGUACCUGUCUGAAACCACUGGGUGUAAGCUGAUGAAAUGCAAACCAAUGUCAGGAAAGCAGGGACCAUGAUUUUUGUAGACCUCAAAAAGUUGGUGGUUUGAAUGUCCUUGUCAUCCAUUCUCUUGAUGCAUCAGUGGCUGUUGAGUUUGUGUCUUCCCAUUAGCCCUUAAAAACAAACAAACUGUGUUUCAUGUCUUGCAUGUUUACACAAUUCAAAUGUUUGAGAAUGAUAUAUAACGAGAAAUUGAUUUUAAUGGUGUAUACAUCAGAAAACUCUUGGCCAACUGUCAAUCAAGAGGGUGAAUACAUUUUAAAUGCUAUAAAGGCAUUUGGAUUAUAUGAAACUUUUUUUUGUGGGAAAUAUUUUUUAUUACCCAGUACGACUGCUUAUUGUCAAGCAGUGAUGUGUCAAGUAAUGGAAAAGUAUUUUAUUAUUUUGUUACCUGUCUGUUUCUUUUUCAUAGAUUGUGAGAGAUGCUGAACUAUUUUAAAUACAGUAAUUUUUUUAAAAGCCUUAUAA